AUGUGGAACAUUCUCAAUAAAAAGCACGACGAGACUCCAGCCAGCUCUAGCAACUACACCGAUAGUAGCUCCGCAGGCUCGGAGCUCACUGAAAUCAACUUGACCGAUUCCAACAUCAAUGAUGUAAAGAGUGAAAAAGACAAGUCUGACGACCAAUUCAAUUCUUCCUUCUGUGAUACCAGCGUUACCUUGGUGCAAUCCGAGGGUACAAGAAGACUGCUUAAACCUAGACACAUCGACUUGAUCUCCAUAGGUGGUUCCAUCGGUACUGGUCUUUUUGUUACCAUCGGUUAUGGAUUACUUAAUGGAGGUUGCGGAAACUUGCUAAUUGCUUUCUUCUUGCAAGGUAUAAUCAUUUAUGUCGUUACUCUCACCAUCGGUGAGCUCAUUUGUUACUUACCUGUUGACUCUCCAUUUAUAACCCACGCUGGUAGGUUUGUAGAUCCCGCCUUUGAAUUCUGUUGUGGCCUGAACUUCUACAUCAUGAUCUCCCUAUACAUUCCUUUCGAAAUUACUUCUGUGAACUCCAUGAUCCAUUUCUGGAGAGACGAUUACAAUGCUGCAGAAGCAUUUGUUCCUCAAAUUGUGAUCUACCUAGUUUUGAACAUUUUUGCUGUUAAGUGGUACGGUGAAUCUGAAUUUUUCUUAUCAAUAGGAAAACUCAUUUUAGCUGUUGGUUUACUUUUCUUCACCUUCAUUACCAUGGUUGGUGGUAACCCACAAAGAUGGGCAUUUGGCUUUCAUAAUUUCAAAGGGGUUGACAAUGCUUUCCCUCAAUAUCUAGGUACCGGUGCUUCUGCUUUCUGGGCAGCGUACAUGAAGGCUGUUUUCACGGAAGUUGCACCAGAAUAUUUAGGAAUGGUCGCCGGUGAAGCAAUUGACCCAAGAAAAACAAUGCCAAGAGCUUUCAAGACAAUCAUUUACAGACUAUCCUUCUUCUACGUUUUAGGUGCUCUGUCGGUUGGUAUCCUUUUAAGACAUGACGACCCCGUUUUAGUCAAGGCAGUUAGUGAGGGUGCAGCAGGUGCCAAUGUUUCCCCAUACGUUAUCGCUAUGAGAAACAUGCAGAUCACCGUUUUACCAGAUAUUGUCAAUGUCCUAUGCAUAACUGCCUCUUUCUCUGCUGGUAACUCAUACAUCUACUGCUCCAGUAGAUCAUUAUAUGCACUAUCAAAGAGAGGCUUUGCACCAAAGUUUUUCAGCAUUUGCCUAAAGAACGGUGUUCCAAUUUUUUGUAUCGCCAUGGCAGUCGGUUGGUCUUGUUUGUCACUAUUGCAAUUAGGUGAAGCAGCCUCUGUGGCACUUGAUUGGAUGAUCAACUUGUGUACAGGUGGCCAAAUCCUCAAUUACUUUUUCAUGAUGAUCACCUACUUAUGUUUCUACAGAGCUUGUAAAGCACAAAAGGUUGACAGAUUUUCAAUGCCACUUCAAGCAUGGACAACCAAGUUGCAACCAUACCCAGCAAUAUUCGGGCUUAUUUGUACCUGGUUGAUCGUCAUGUUCUUAGGUGCACAGGCCUUUAUACCCAAAUUCGACAUCAACUCAUUUUUGUACUACUAUUUGAUGUUUUUCAUUGCAUGCGGAUCUUUCAUUUCUUACAAAAUCGUGUUCCGGACUAAAUUUGUCAAACCGGAAGAGGCUGAUUUAUUUACAGGAUUAAACGAAAUCGACGAACACGAGAGACGAUUAUAUUUGGAACAGAGCGACAAAGUGGUUGAUAACAGCUUCACGGCCAAAUUAUUACGCACACUAUGGUGGUAA